AUGAAGAUCGACCCCUGGAUCGCGUGCUGGUGGUGCAAUUCCGCAAGCUCCGGCAGCAGUACCGCGGCCUUGGAGAACGGGUCGAGGAGGAAGCAACAGCACGGGGCGCCGCAGCAUCCGCUGAAGCGCGGCACGUGGUGGCCGCAGAUCCGGCGGACGGAGACGGGGCAGUCGCGGACGAGUACGAGCCAGGCGCCGCCCACGGAGCCGCAGCAGCGCGCGUCGGCGGGGAGCGUUGUUGUCAGGCGCUGCACGGCCGCCGUCUCGGAGGACGAGCCGCGGCAUCAUCUGGUAGCUGCGCACCGCGGCGUGCCAGUGGCGGCGAAGGCGCCUCUGUCGGCGGAGGACGAGGUGGGAGAAGUCGUGGGGAAGAAGCUAGGAGAAAAUGCCAUGCUUGUUGAUGCAGGGCAUGCUUUUGAUCCAGCUUAUUCAAAAGCGCUCAGGGUAGAUAUUGAGAAUCUGAUUGUAUGCCAGCCUGACAAUGGAGAGACAGCACUAGAAAUUGCUGACCGCAUGUGUAGAUCUGGAGCAAUAGAUCUCAUCUGUAUUGAUGCAGUUUCAGCUCUCACUCCACGUGCAGAAAUUGAAGGAGCAGAUGGGUUUACAAACUUGUCUGAUGAGUCGAGCAUUGAGAAAGAUGUCCAGGCAACGCCUCAAAGAUUGGAAUAUUCUACUGAAGUUACUAGCGGAGGUAUUGCUCUGAAAUUCUUUGCAUCUCUCCGCCUAGAGAUACGGCACAUUGGGAAGAUAAAAUCUGCCAAGGGAGAUGAAGAUGUUGGUGUCGAGGUCCGUGUCAAAGUGCAGAAGAGUAAAGUCUCCAGGCCCUACAAGCAAGCUGAAUUCGAAAUCAUGUUUGGGGAGGUCGGACGCAUUCUUGAUUGUGCUGAGCUGAUGGAAGUUGUUGCAAAGAAGGAUUCAUGCGGUACAGUUACAAAGAUAGUAUCAGACCUUGGUGAACGAGAAAUAUGA